AGACAAAUGUUGAACUGAUUUCCCCAUUACAAUCGCUAGAUGGCAACAGCACUGAGCUGUUAGGGACUGAAGUUAUGGGGCUGCGAGGCAAGGUGCACUACUAUGCAGUCAGCACCCUUCGCUUCAUUACCAGAGCAAUCCGCUCAGGACAGUAGAUCAUUUCGAGCAGCAGCACAGACAUAAUCGUUUAAACAGCUCUGUCCGCUGAAGAAAUCGGAUGACUCAGUUGGGUUUGGGAUGCUGAGCUCACCUGGACGUCUGGUGAUGAUGCUCCUGCGAGGCAGCCGACCUGACCAUCCGCUUUUAUCGUCAAAACCAGGUUCGACUGAACAUCCGUAGGACCUGAAAUGAAGACUCAUCCUUACCCGAAGUGUACUAUGGCAUAAUUAACUAUGAUGGGUGGCAUAUUGGGGGUGUCAAAGUACAGGUAUUUGGGAAGUGACGUCAUCAGCCCCGGAAGGCGGACGGGGUGCUUGAGAGAGCAAGAUGGCAGCGAAAUCUGAUGGUGAGAGGGUCGCUACCGGUUUCGCCCAGCUACACAACCUGGACGAAGCGGUGGGCGGCUGCGACGAUGAUGGCUUGGACAGCACCGCUAUACACAUCUGCUACUGCUGCAACACCUCGUCCUGCUACUGGGGUUGUCGAAGCGCCUGCCUGCGCGCUCUCCUGAGGAAGGGGGACGGAGGCAGGCGUCCGCAUCAGGGCGAGCGCCUGUGGCUGGACUGCCUCUGGAUCGUUUUGGCAAUGCUCGUAUUCUUCUGGGAUGUGGGGACGGACCUGUGGUUAGCCAUGGAUUACUACUCCAAACGGGACUAUCUGUGGUUCGGGUUAACCCUUUUCUUCGUGCUCGUACCUUCGGUUCUGGUCCAAAUCCUCAGCUUCAGGUGGUUCGUGCAGGAUUAUACGGGGGGCGGUUUGGGGGCGGUGGAGGGUCUGAGCAAGAGAGCCACCGCUGGUUUGAGCACGGGAAUCUACGGCAGGGAUAGAUGCUGCCAAAUAUCUGUGUGGAUGUGGCAGAUUUUUAUACACAUCAUUCAGAUGGGACAAGUGUGGAGGUACAUCCGCACCAUGUACCUGGGCAUCAUGAGCCGUCGGCAGCAGGAGCACCGGCGGCGCUUCUACUGGGCCAUGAUGUACGAGUAUGCCGACGUCAACAUGCUGCGCCUGCUGGAGACCUUCCUGGAGAGUGCUCCCCAGCUGGUGCUGCAGCUCAGCAUCAUGAUCCAGAAGAACCGCGCGGAGACCCUGCAGUGUGUGUCCUCCGUGGCGUCGCUGAUGUCUCUGGCCUGGGUGCUGGCGUCCUACCACAAGCUCCUGCGCGACUCGCGCGACGACAAGAAGAGCAUGAGCUACCGCGGCGCGCUGGUCCACAUCUUCUGGCGCCUGUUCACCAUCUCGUCCCGCGUGCUCUCCUUCGCCCUGUUCGCCUCCAUCUUCCACAUCUACUUCGGCAUCUUCGUGAUGGUGCACUGGUGCGCCAUGGCCUUCUGGGUGGUGCACGGCGGCACCGACUUCUGCAUGUCCAAAUGGGAGGAGGUGCUCUUCAACAUGGUGGUGGGCAUCGUCUACAUCUUCUGCUGGUUCAACGUGAAGGAGGGCCGGACUCGCUACCGCAUGGUGGCCUACUACUUCCUGGUGCUGGCGGAGAACACGGUGCUCACCUGCCUGUGGUACGCGUACCGCGACCCGCUCACCACGGACUCCUACGCCGUGCCGGUGCUGUGCGGCGUCUACAUGAGCUUCGCCUCGGGCGUCUUCUUCAUGGGCCUCUACUACGGCGCGCUGCACCCCAUGGGCCCGCGGGUCCGCCUGGAGGAUGGCUCCUGCUGCACCCAGCUGCUCUGGGGCAUGCCACUGCCCCCCGAGGCCGAGCCCAUGGCCCCGUCCCAGGCCACGCCCAGCCGGCGCUCCAUGGGGGGCGACAUGCAGCUGGACGAGGACGAGGUGGCGACCGACUCCUGCCUCCCCGUGUUCCAGGUGCGCUCCCCCGAGCAGCCCUCGGGCUCCAGCCGCCACUACCGGAUGGAGGGGCCGCUCAUCAAGAUCGACAUGCCCCGGAAGCGCUAUCCUGCCUGGGAUGCGCAUUUUGUGGACCGCAGGCUGCGAAGGACCAUAAACAUCCUCCAGUUCAUCACCCCCACGGCUGUUGGCAUCAGGUACAGGGACGGGCCGCUGCUGUACGAGCUCCUGCAGUACGAAUCCUCCCUGUGAUGGCCGGCGCUCUCGCUCC